AUGUAUAGCUCAGUUUUUCUUAUAUGUUGGUCUCUUCAUCCAAAAUAUAUAUUUGCACAAGCUAUUCGUCCAGAGCUUGCAACUCUUAUUAAAAAGGAAGCUAGUCUUUUAUUUGAACGACUCUUUCCAAAUAAAGAUAUUAAAAAGUUUCGAAUGCAAUUAAUUGAUUGGAAUAAUAAGGCUUAUCCUUUUAAUUUUGAAG